AUGGGCUGGAUGGAGGAGGGGUUGGGGGAAGGGAAUACACGUUCAGAAGAGAGGCAAUCCCAGUGGGUGCAGCAGGUGGGUGCAGCAGGUGGGUGCAGCAGGUGGGUGCAGCAGGUGGGUGCAGCAGGUGGGUGCAGCAGGUGGAUGCAGCAGGUGGGUGCAGCAGGUGGGUGCAGCAGGUGGGUGCAGCAGGUGGGUGCAGCAGGUGGGUGCAGCAGGUGGGUGCAGCAGGUGGGUGCAGCAGGUGGGUGCAGCAGGUGGGUGCAGCAGGUGGGUGCAGCAGGUGGGUGCAGCAGGUGGGUGCAGCAGGUGGGUGCAGCAGGUGGGUGCAGCAGGUGGGUGCAGCAGGUGGGUGCAGCAGGUGGGUGCAGCAGGUGGGUGCAGCAGGUGGGUGCAGCAGGUGGGUGCAGCAGGUGGGUGCAGCAGGUGGGUGCAGCAGGUGGGUGCAGCAGGUGGGUGCAGCAGGUGGGUGCAGCAGGUGGGUGCAGCAGGUGGGUGCAGCAGGUGGGUGCAGCAGGUGGGUGCAGCAGGUGGGUGCAGCAGGUGGGUGCAGCAGGUGGGUGCAGCAGGUGGGUGCAGCAGGUGGGUGCAGCAGGUGGGUGCAGCAGGUGGGUGCAGCAGGUGGGUGCAGCAGGUGGGUGCAGCAGGUGGGUGCAGCAGGUGGGUGCAGCAGGUGGGUGCAGCAGGUGGGUGCAGCAGGUGGGUGCAGCAGGUGGGUGCAGCAGGUGGGUGCAGCAGGUGGGUGCGUCUGAGGGAUUGCCAGAGCAGCGACCAGUCAAGGCGGAAGAGGGAGAGCCCACGCAGGCGCAGUAG